UGUUUGGUGCUUGCCGCUGACAACACAGUUGUUUUUGUGUCAUCCGUCAUCAAAUCAGCUGUGUACAACACACAGGGAGCAUGUAACAAUAAUAAAUGUGCGUAUUAAAUUAUUGAAGUGAAAAUGUCCAAAGUGAAAAUAUUCAAAAUAUCAAAUCAAUGUUUAUGAUAAUUUCACGGCGUCGAAGACAUGGCGCGCCGGAAGAGCAGUGGCAUAACGAGCUUGAGUUUCAAUCAGGACCAAGGCUGUUUCACAUGCUGUCUGAAGACUGGCCUGCGUGUCUAUAAUGUGGAGCCCCUGGUCGAGAAGGCGCAUUACAGCAAAGAGGAGCUGGGCGAGGUGUCCCUAUGCGAGAUGGUGUUCCGCACCAACUGGCUGCUCGUGGUGAAAGCUCGGAAGCCGUACAGCCUCCUCCUGCUGGACGACCAGCAACGUGCCUUCAAGGCUGAGGUGGUCUUCAAGUCGCCGAUACGAGCGUUGCGGGCCAGGAAGGAUAAGGUGGCCGUUGUCCUGACGUCCAGCGUACAGGUGUUGGCGUUGCCGACGUUCCAGCGGGUCGCGUUGCUGCGGACGCCGUCCUCCGCGAGGCCGCUGUGCGCCAUCGCCACGGAACCCAACGCGACGCAGAUACUGGCCGCGCCCGCGCACCGCACCGGAUCCCUGCAGUUGCUCGACGUGUCGAGCGUGCACCGCGACGGCGGCUCCAGCGCGCCCAGCGUGGUGCGCUGCCACCGCUCGGCGCUGGUGUGCGUGUGCGUCAGCGGCAGUGGCACCCGGCUCGCCACGGCGUCCGCGCGCGGCACCCUGGUCCGCCUCUGGGACGCCGUCUCCAGGCAGCUACUGCACGAGCUCAGGCGGGGCUCCGACUACGCUGACGUCUACUGUAUAAGUCUGAGCGCUCAGGGCGGGCGCGCGGUGUGUGUGUCGGACAAGGGCACGGUGCACGUGUGGGCGCGCGGGACGCACGUGGCCGCCGCGCGGGCGCCGCCCGACACGCGCGCCCUCUGCGCCCUCACCGACGACAACAGCGCUGUCGUAGUGAUAUGCGAAGACGGCACCUUCCACAAGUUCACGUUUGCUGCGGAAGGAAACUGUCAUCGGUCCGACUUUGAAUAUUUCUUGCAGGUUGGAGACGACGACGAAUUCCUACAAUGAUGACUGCUGCACAAUAAAAUUCACUUUAUUCGAACUUUAAUAGUGUUACAAGUGAAUUAAAAAAGAAAUAUACAAAAACACAAAAAAAAAACAAUCGUAUGAAAUGUGAUCGUAAUAAAUAAAUAAACAUGCAAACGUCUUUUACAAAUUGCAAACGUUAAAUUUGACUAAGUAAGUGUCGAAUAGUAACGCAUGUUAAAAUAAUAAAGAGUGAUAAUACUUGUGUAAAUUAGGUUUUAAGGAAAUUCUAAAAUUGAAGAAAACUCGUUGGCGCGGUUUGAAAGAAAAAAAAAAAGCAAUUUUUGACGUGAAUUCGAAAUUUUCGUUAUAUUUUUUCAGAAUUUUUCGUUCGUCAAUGUCGCGAAUGAUUUAAAAUAUGUUAGUUUGUAAGGAAAUUCUAAAAUUGAAGUCGUUAAUGCGGUUUGAUAAAAUAAAUCAAAAACUUUUUUUACGUGAUUUCGAAAUUUUCGUAAUAAUUUUUCAUAUUUUUUUCGUGCGUAAAUGUCGCGAACGGUAUGUUAGUUUUUAUGGAAAUUCUAAAAUUGAAAACAAUGGCGUGAUAUGAAUGAAGAAAAAAAAUCCAUUUUUGACGUAUUUCGCAAUUUUUGUAAUGUUUUCGCGCGUCAAGUUCUAGUGAUAAAUAAGUUUUUAUGAAAAUUCUAAAAUUGAAAAGGUUUUAGCGCGGAUUAACAAAAAAAUUAUAUUGACGUGUGUAUGUAAUUUCGAAAUUUUCGUAAUAUUUUGUCGCGCGUAAAUCUCUAGUGGUAACGUAACCUCUAAAGGAAAUGCUAAAAUUGAAAAUGGCGGGGGAUUGAUAAAACAAUAUCCCCUUGAUUUCGAAAUUUUUAUAAAAUACUUUUUUAUGAUUUUUCGCGCGCAAAUUUUGUAGUGUGAGUGAGCUAGGUAUAUCAAUAAGUCAUAUUAAGUUAGAAUAACCUCGCAGUUCGGAUCAAAGUUGCAUGGAUAGUUAUUUUUACAACUGAAACAGAAGUUGUUUCGUUGAAUGAGCAAGCAAGAUUAUGCGAGUCAUUUUAUAAUCAUGUUAGACGAAUAGCAGUAAUAUUAUAGCGUAGUCACAAUCUAAAGGCUCUUUGAAAUAAAACAAUACUUAAAUGUGCUAUUAUAAUAAGGUUUGCAUGCGUAGAAUUUCUAUUAAAAUAAAUGUGAAUUUUUAAAUGCAAAAGACAGGGCACCAAUUGCAUUUUUACGUAUGUAUUUUUUUUAGAAAUUGUAUUUUUUUUAGUUUUAUUAACUUAUAGUUUUAUUGAUCGAUGCUCGUAAACGCAUAUAACAUGACAAAUUUACUUAAAAAAAAGUUUAAGUAACAAAUUCCACGAUAUUAAAUUACGAACAGCGUUAUAGAACUAGUAAGAAGGUAAAAAAAAAACUUUAUUUACGUCCAAAGUCAAUCAGGUGAUAUCAACCAAACACAAUUUGUUGUGAUGUCUUCAUAUAUUAUGUACUAAAGAAAUAUUAUUUAACAUUAUAAUAUAUCAUGUUAAAAUAGAAGUAAAUUAUUAAUAUUUGUAUUGAAUGUAUUGAGGCUGGGUUAAGUUUGAGUGGUGGAGCUUAGUAUAGCCGCGACCUCCGACCAGAGCAGACCUGUUGUAUGAAUCAGCUCAGAAAAUAUUAUCAUUAUUGUAUCAAAAAAAAAAUGCAUGAAUGUUUAUUUUUUCUUGUGUUGUAUUACGUUUAGUAAAUUACACGAUUAAAGGAAAGGAAUUUGUGUAGUUUUUAUUAAAAUAUGAACCGUAAACCUAAAUUGCUAUUUGUAUUGUAUAUUUCAUUCCCUUUUUUACUUUUUUAUUUAUUUAUUCAAAAAUAUAUAUUGUCUUUCUAGUUUGUUUAAUAUAUUUCCAUUAGAAAAAAUAUUGUAAUUUAUACUCUUCACCUCGUUUACAUAGAAUAUAUAAUAAUAUAUAUUUAGAACAUUUUAAAAUGUAUAUUUCAGAUAGUUUUUUUUUAAUACUGAUUUCCGAAGGUACUUACAAUAUGAGUAUAUAUUUCAACUGUCUAAAGGUGUCCUCCAUUUAUAAAUUUCGGCCAAAAAAGAAUAAGAAUUUGUAAAAUUAAUAAUAUAAUUUGUUUUGAAAAAUGUAGAUGUGAUCAAUAAAUCAAUAAGUACCUUUGAAAACGCUCAAUAAUAAUAAUAAUAAUAGUAAAUGGUUUUCAAUAAACAAAUUUAAAUAAAUUAAAUACUAGAUACACUGAACUGGCACUCAAUUUUACAUAGCAUAGAAUAAUGUAAUAGAAAAAUGUCCUUUCUUUAAGCACAUUUUAAUUAUCAGAUGGUGUAGAUUAGUAAAUUUUAAACUACCUACACUUUAUCUUCUUAUCAUUAAAUAAAAUGUCAAUUUUUACAUCGAACCUUCGAAUAUUUCCAACUAAUCAGAGUGAAAGAAAAAAAUGUAGAAAUUAUCUUAAUAAUGUUUGAUAGCAUCCAAUUCCAAAUUUUACAAAGACUUCUAAUACAAUAUAUAUUUAGAAAAAUUAAAUAAGAUCAUCUCAUUAGUUGUACAUAAUGCGUUAACACUGCCUAGUUCUUGUAGUACUUAUUACGGCUCGCUUAUGCCUCAUAUUAACUUGGUCGAUUUUACAUUGGAAAAAGGUAACAAAAAAACUUGGAAUUGAACUUGAAAUUGAGCUCGAAAUUAGAAUACAAAAAUAGUACAAAGUAUGUAUAUAUGUAAUAGCUGUUUAUUAUUAAACUGUUCAAAAUUCAAAAUUUAUGUAACGGUUUAGACUAAAACAAAUUUAACUAUAACGAGGUUUGAUAGGUAACGAGUGUGGAGUUGCAAAAAUAUACAACUCCACAGAAGAACCUUUUAAAAUUUCAAUUUUGGAAAAAAUAUCAUAACAAGAAAACUUCUUUAUAUAUUUGAAUGGGGUAAACAUAAUUGAUGUCCAAUUAAAAACAUCAAAUUGUUGAUACUAAUAACAAAUAAAACGGGCCUUUAAUUACAAAGAAAAGCGUUGCGUAUUAAGCAUUUUAAUGUAUUAAUGUUGCUUAAAUUAAAUAUCCUUUCACCACUCGACAUGGUUUCAAAAGGUACAACUAGAAUGUAAGUAACGAUGCAUCCAUAGACCAAAUUAAUAUGAGGCAGCUUGCUUAUAUUUCCACAAUAUUUACUUACGGCGAUAUUGAACUAUUCGUGUACGAUAUUCGCUUACAGUAUAGUUUAUGGAAAAAAUCACAUGUAAAUAUCUCGACGGAUAUGACAAAAUUAAAUAUUUUUAUAUAAAAGUGCUCCACUGUUUUAUAAGGCUUUAAAGUAUUUGAAAUUCGGCGAAUAUAUCGCGCUAUUUGCAAUUUCGAAAUUAAAUAUCUAUACACUG